UGUAUUUCACUACCGAUCUAGGAUUCACCCGUAGUGGAAUCCCUAUUAGUGUUAUUAAUUUGUUCAUUCUCAUUCUUCAUUCAUCCCUUACGCGAAGCCAAAAACGAGAACGCGUAUCUUCAUUCCCAAAUCGCCAAAUCCCUAAAAAUCCCAAUUUCCAUUGAAUCGCCAUCUUCAUUGAAUCCAAUCAUUCCCAAUUUCUUCAAUCAUUCUCCAAUCUCUUCGUUUUCAUUCGUUUUGAUUCGGUUUCAUUCUCCAAACCCUAGAUCUAAAGCAAUGGAAAAGGGCGGUGAGGCGACGAUAGAUCUAAAGCGAGACGGCAUUGAGGAUCUGAGCGGCCGUGUUCAUCUACUUCCCUGCUGUAUCAAGCACGACGGUCCCACCGAAGUUUCUCACUAUUUCAAACCUAAACCCACCGGCGUCGUCGGAGAAGGUUACUCGAAGGUUACUACUCUUCCUCUUCCUCCUAACUACUCUGGUUUUGUUCUGGUAAAGAAAAAUUCGUCUAAAAAAUCCGGUGAAAGCUCUGAUUCUUGGGAGACUAGUGCUACGUUUAAUGAUAUUACGUAUUGGAACCAUGACUAUGUUCCUUCUCAGAAUGAUGAUUUCUUCCGUUCUUUCCAUUGGAUUACUGUUGCUAAAGCUAUAUGUGCUUAAGAAGAUUAGACUUGCCCGCCAAACUGAGCGGUCUCGCAGAUCUGCACACCAGGAGAUGGAGCUUAUAUCUAAAUUACGAAACCCAUUUAUUGUGGAGUAUAAAGAUUCAUGGGUAGAAAAGGGUUGCUAUGUCUGCAUUAUUAUAGGUUAUUCUGAGGGUGG